AUGUCUCCCAAUUACGUGCUAGUUUUUCUUGUCGGAGUGGUGGUUUUCACCACUUCAACUCCUUCUAUUGCCCUGAAACCCCCAAUUCACAAGCCUCCUUCCCACAAUCCACCAAAUUACAAGACUCCAACCCCACUUAACAAGGAAGAGCCUUUCUCAUUCCCGGAGAAGAAGCCCCCAACCCAACAUAACGAGCCCCUCAAGGGCAAAGGAGAGAAGCCUCCACCCAAGCACAAGCCACCACACAAUGAACACCACUUGCUAGAGGUGGAAGGCAAAUUUCCCGAGGGACAAAAGCCACCUCAAGAGCACAAUCAGCCUCCAAAGGGACAAAAGCCGCCACCAGAGCACAAACCAGGACAGCCAGGUGAUGAGCCACCGAAGAGAGGACCACCAGGACAUACCCCAGGUAUUGGACACCCAGGUGACGAGCCACCGAAGAAAGGAGAGAAGCCACCGCCCAAGCACAAACCAGGACACCCAGGUGAUCAGGAAUCCCAAAAAGGAGAAAAGCCACCACCGAAGAACAAGGGAAGCCCAGGUCAUGAUGAACCUCCCAAGGGUAAGAAGCCACCACCGGAGCACAAGCCGCCUCACAAACAAAACACCGGACGUCGUUUAUUAGAGGCAGAGUCAUUGGAUGGGAAAUUGCCUCCUAAGGGAAAGAAGCCAAAGCCACCUCCAAAAGGCAAGCCACCAACCCCACUUGAACAUAAUGACGAUGGAGAUCACAAGCCAUUCCCUGAACACGACCCAAAACCAAAGCCAGUUAAGCAGCCUCCAAAGGGUAAGGGAGAUAAGCCACCGAAGGGUAAGGGAGAUGAGCCACCUCAUCAUGAUGGUCAUCUUGAAGAGAAUGUGGUGGAGGAGGGAAGAGACUCAGAUCACAAGCCACCUCGGAAACUAAAACCCCCCAACUGGUACUGGGAAGAAGCCCCCAACUCGCCCUGUCAAGCCACCUCAAAAACCACCACACAAGCCUCCAUUUCCCAACUGAUGAUGCAUGCAUGGAUGACUAGCUUGCUGGCUCGGUUCCAUAUAUUAUUAUGUAGAAUAAGAGUGAUCAUCUGUUACAACUAUUACGUACGUACGUAG